CUUGGAGAAAGUUGCCCCUUAUGCAGAUGGCAACUGAGGUAAAAUGCACACUUGCUGCCCCCCAGUAACUCUGGAACAGGACCUUCACAGAAAAAUGCAUAGCUGGAUGCUGCAGAGUCUAGCGUUUGCUCUAACAUCUCUCGUCCUUUCGUGUGCAGAAACCAUCGAUUACUAUGGGGAAAUCUGUGACAAUGCAUGUCCUUGUGAGGAAAAGGACGGCAUUUUAACUGUGAGCUGUGAAAACCGGGGGAUCAUCAGCCUCUCUGAAAUUAGCCCUCCUCGCUUCCCAGUCUACCACCUCCUGCUGUCUGGAAACCUUUUGAACCGUCUCUACCCCAAUGAGUUUGUCAAUUACACCGGGGCUUCAAUUCUGCAUCUGGGUAGCAACGUGAUCCAGGACAUUGAGACUGGGGCUUUCCAUGGGCUGCGGGGUUUAAGGAGAUUGCACCUGAACAAUAAUAAACUGGAACUUCUUCGCGAUGAUACCUUCCUCGGCCUGGAGAGCCUGGAGUACCUACAGGUCGAUUACAAUUACAUCAGUGUCAUUGAACCCAAUGCUUUUGGGAAACUGCAUUUAUUGCAGGUGCUUAUCCUCAAUGACAAUCUCUUGUCCAGUUUACCCAACAACCUUUUCCGUUUUGUGCCCUUAACGCACUUGGACCUGCGGGGGAACCGGCUGAAACUUCUGCCCUACGUAGGGCUGUUGCAGCACAUGGAUAAAGUUGUGGAGUUACAGCUGGAAGAAAACCCCUGGAAUUGCUCCUGUGAGCUGAUCUCUCUCAAGGAUUGGCUGGACAGCAUCUCCUACUCGGCCCUGGUGGGGGAUGUGGUUUGCGAGACCCCCUUCCGCUUACACGGCCGGGAUUUGGACGAGGUGUCCAAGCAGGAACUUUGCCCAAGGAAACUUAUUUCAGACUAUGAGAUGAGGCCACAGACGCCUUUGAGCACCACGGGGUAUCUUCACACUACCCCAGCCUCGGUGAAUUCCGUGGCCACUUCUUCCUCCGCUGUUUACAAACCCCCCUUAAAGCCCCCUAAGGGGACCCGCCAACCCAACAAGCCCAGAGUGCGCCCCACCUCUCGGCAGCCCUCCAAGGACUUGGGCUACAGCAACUAUGGCCCCAGCAUCGCCUACCAGACCAAAUCUCCGGUGCCUUUGGAGUGUCCCACCGCGUGCACUUGCAACCUACAAAUCUCCGACCUGGGCCUCAACGUCAACUGCCAGGAGCGCAAAAUCGAGAGCAUCGCGGAGCUGCAGCCCAAGCCCUACAACCCCAAGAAGAUGUAUCUGACGGAGAAUUACAUUGCGGUUGUGCGCAGGAGCGACUUCCUGGAGGCGACGGGGCUGGACCUCCUACACCUGGGCAACAACCGCAUUUCCAUGAUCCAGGACCGCGCUUUCGGGGAUCUCACCAACCUGAGGCGCCUCUACCUAAACGGCAACAGGAUUGAGAGGCUGAGCCCGGAGCUGUUCUAUGGCCUGCAGAGCCUGCAGUAUCUCUUCCUCCAGUACAAUCUCAUACGCGAGAUCCAGUCGGGGACUUUUGAUCCGGUCCCCAACCUCCAGCUGCUAUUUCUGAAUAACAACCUCCUGCAGACCAUGCCCUCGGGCGUCUUCUCAGGCCUGACCCUUCUCAGGCUGAACCUAAGGAGUAACCAUUUCACCUCCUUGCCCGUGAGUGGAGUUCUGGACCAGCUCAAGUCACUCAUCCAAAUCGACCUGCAUGACAAUCCGUGGGAUUGUACGUGCGACGUGGUGGGCAUGAAGCUGUGGGUCGAGCAGCUCAAAGUGGGUGUCUUGGUGGACGAGGUCAUCUGCAAGGCGCCCAAGAAGUUCGCGGAGACCGACAUGCGCGCCAUCAAGUCGGAGCUGCUGUGUCCAGACUACUCCGACGUCGUGGUUUCCACGCCCACGCCCUCCUCCGCCCAGGUCCCGGCGAGGACCGGCGCGGCCACCCCCGCGGUGCGGCUGAACAGCACCGGGGCCCCCGCGGGCUUGGGCGCGGGCGGAGGGGCGUCGUCGGUGCCCCUGUCGGUGCUGAUUCUCAGCCUGCUGCUGGUGUUUAUCAUGUCCGUCUUCGUGGCCGCCGGCCUCUUCGUGUUGGUUAUGAAGCGCAGGAAGAAGAGCCAGAGCGACCACACGAGCACCAACAAUUCCGACGUGAGCUCCUUCAACAUGCAGUACAGCGUGUACGGCGGCGGCGGCGGCGGCGGCGGCGGCGGCGCGGGGGGCCACGCGCACGCGCACGCGCACCACCGCGGGCCCGCGCUGCCCAAGGUGAAGACGCCCGCGGGCCACGUGUACGAGUACAUCCCCCACCCGCUGGGCCACAUGUGCAAAAACCCCAUCUACCGCUCCCGGGAGGGCAACUCCGUGGAGGAUUACAAAGACCUGCACGAGCUCAAGGUCACCUACGGCGGCAACCACCACCUGCAGCAGCCGCCGCCGCCGCCGCCGCCGCCGCCGCAGCCGCAGCCCCCGCCGCCGCUGCAGCUGCAGCCCGGGGACGAGGAGAGGCCGGAAGGCCGCCACUUGCGGAGUCCCGCCUACAGCGUCAGCACCAUCGAGCCCCGGGAGGACCUGCUGUCGCCGGUGCAGGACGCCGACCGCUUUUACAGGGGCAUUUUAGAACCAGACAAACACUGCUCCACCACCCCCGCCGGCAACAGCCUCCCGGAAUAUCCCAAAUUCCCGUGCAGCCCGGCUGCUUACACAUUCUCCCCCAACUAUGACCUGAGACGCCCCCAUCAGUAUUUGCACCCGGGGGCCGGGGACAGCAGGCUGCGGGAUCCGGUGCUCUACAGCCCCCCCAGCGCGGUCUUUGUAGAACCCAACCGGAACGAGUACCUGGAGUUAAAAGCAAAACUAAACGUUGAGCCGGACUACCUCGAAGUGCUGGAAAAACAGACCACAUUUAGCCAGUUCUAAAAGCAGAGAAACUCCCCGGGAGCUUUUGCGUUUAAAACAAGCAAGCAAGCCGACACACACGGCGAACACACUUGAUCAGUUGUGUUGUUUCGACGUUUAGGGUGAAGUGCCUUGGCACGAGAUUCUCAGCUUCGGCGGAAGAUACUGGAAGGGUGUGCGAUUUCCUUUUCGUUUUUACACGUGGGGGAAACGUUUGUGUAAACUGGGCACAUCACUUUCUCUUCUUGCGUGUGGGGGAGAGGAGGGGACGGGUUUAUGGAGGGCAGUUUGCUGCGCAGGUGACUUGUUCUUGCAGUGGUUGAAAGUGCUCUAAGAAUGGUGAAAGAAGGCGGCGCAUAGAUUCUACUCUGUCUUUUUUUUCCUCUCCCUCCUCUUCUUCCCCCUCCCCUUUAAGCCAUGGGUGGGUCUAAAUGGCUUUUGUGGAGAGAUUAGCACACCCCGACUUUAAUAGAAAGUUUGUUCUCUCUUUGUCUUUCCCAGCCCCCACCUCUCUCUUUCCCUGUCGCCCUGCCUCCCUCCCUCCCUCCUAUCUCAUUACUUUUCUUUUUAAGGGAUGUGUUUGUAUGCAUUCUGGACAUUUGAAUUAAAAAACAAAAGUAUUGUGAUCUGGAAAAUGAUCACCAUAGAUGUGGACAAAUCAUUAAAAUUACAGAGCUAUAUGAUCCAUAAUUGAUUAGUCAAAAUAACUUAUUGAUGAAAUAUACAAAUAUUUUAUUGUAGCACCUAUUUUUAUAUACACAUUUAGCAUUUCUCUUUCCUUCACUAUUUAGCCUAUGAUUUUCACAGAGGUGUCACACUAUAUUAGGACCUGCAUUUCCGAAACUGGAGUGAUAUCAGAAAGGCAUUUUAAAUCAUUAAAAAUAUGGAGAGCUUAAUGGGAAAAUCUUAAAGCCAAUGCAACCCACCCGACUGAAUCUGUAAUUUAAAACGGAAAAAGUGGAUUGUAUCCCAGUGUGUAAAAGAAAAAAAAAUAAUAGGGCAAUUAAUUGGGCCAUUCGAGUAAGAAUCAUGUGCAAGUUUCUGGUUUUAUUAGAGAAGACUUAAAAGUAUUUUUAUUAGUCAACCAAAAUGAUGUAUUGAUUUGACUACUAUUGUAGCCGAUUUUUGAUUGUUUAACCAAACUCAGUUGCAUUUGUACAGAUCCACAUGUCCUGGCACCUCAGAAGACCAACUGAUGGACUGUGCAAAUCUCUAGACAAUGUCUUUAUCCCUCUGGGCAGCAAGCAAUGAUGAUGGCCGCAAACAGGGGCUACUGUUGUUACAGUCUCAUAUGUAUCCCAGCACAUGUAAUUUUUUAAAUAGUUUCUGAAUAAACACUUGAUAACUAUGUCAAAA